AUAAGAAUGCUGGCAGGUGGGAAAGAGCAUCAAAUCACAAACUGCAUUCGCUACACAAGCACCUCAAGUCCUCAAGGAAAAUCAAAGCAAACAACAUGUUCAAGCUGCUGGUUGUCGUUUUCGCCGCCCUCUUCGCCGCUGCUCUGGCCGUUCCCGCUCCAGUUGCCCGUGCCAAUCCCGCCCCCAUCCCGAUUGCCAGCCCCGAGCCCGCCCCCCAGUACUACUAUGGAGCCAGCCCGUACGCCUACUCCGGAGGAUACUACGCUUCGCCCUACUCCUACUAUGGCUAAGUGCCCCGGACAACGCGUUGCAAUGCAAACCGACAAACGACUCGUGAUUAUGCAUCUGAAUACGGAUUACAAAUAUGCGCGUGCUGGCAAAUCAAAUUAGUCAUAAGUGCUUGAAAAACUCAAAAAAAAAAAUUACAAAAGUUGAACAAAUAAAACGUUGAAGAGCAAA